AGUUGGUUAAGGGGACAGAAGUGACAAGAAAGCACAGCUUGUACUGGUGGAAAGGACAUACUGCAUGGUCCUGGUUGUGCAUAUUGGAAGGGGAAUUUCUCCUCUAUCCAAUUACAAUAAUGACUAAAAGCACGAACACAACUCGCCCAACGUCGGCCACCACCACCCACAGCUCCACCGGCUCAGUGAUCCUCGACUGGAUUAACAGCAUUUUGAACCGCAUCCCUUUACCACGAUGGGCCAUCUACACAAUUUUUGCUGUGGGACUCUUCUUAAUUCUUCUGCUAAUAAUCUGCUGUUGCUACUGCUGCUGCAAACGGAAGAAGAAAAACAAGAAAGAUAAGGAGGCACUCAAACUUAAGUCUUUAAAGAACAGCACUGUUGCAAGCAUGGUCCAGCCAGAUGUAGAAGGUCUUAUGGGAUCAAAGGAAAAUGAAUACCGUGGACGACUGCAAUAUUCUGUGGAGUAUAACAUGCAGAGAGAGGAGAUAACUGUGGCAGUGAAGCAAGCUGCUAACCUGAAGGCUAUGGACAGCGGAGGAACAUCUGACCCAUAUGUCAUAGUCUUCCUCACUAACGACACCCGCAAGAAAAAUGAGACCAAGGUGUAUCGCAAGACACUCGACCCUACUUUCAACGAGUCAUUCACCUUCAAGCUCCUGAAGCCGGAAAUAGAAGAUACAGAGGUUGUGAUGCAGGUCUAUGACUUCAAUCGUUUUUCAAAGCAUGAUGUCAUCGGUGAGGUGAGGCUGCCUCUGCGGGACAUGAAUCUACAGCAUGUCAUCGAAGAGUGGAAAGAGCUGAAUUCUGCAUCAUCCACGAAGUAUGAACGGCUUGGAGAGAUCUGCUUCUCACUAAAAUACAUCCCAGUGACCUCAAAAUUAAUCGUUGUUAUCCUUGAGGCAAAGAAGCUUAAGAAAAUGGACAAUGAUGGACUUUCAGACCCAUACGUGAAGGUGCAGCUUGCUCUGAAUAAGAAAAAGUGGAAGCGUAAGAAGUCACGAGUGAAGAAGAACACGCUGAACCCAUACUUUAAUGAAGAGUUCACAUUUGAUGUGACUUUGGAACAAAUUCAGAAUGUGGAUCUUAUCAUCUCUGUGUGGGACCACGAUAAAGUCAACAAGAAUGAGCCAAUCGGGAAGAUAUUUCUUGGCUGUCGAGCUUCUGGAAACGCUUUAAGACACUGGUCGGAUAUGCUUGCACACCCACGAAGACCAGUAGCUCAGUGGCAUACUCUUCAGGCAGCAGAGGAAGUUGAUAAGACCCUUGCACUGAAAUCUCAGUUAAAACUCCCUCUACCCAGAAGAUAAUGGAACUCUAUUGAUGGGGUUUCUAAAGUCUGAAGACAAUGGGAUAAACUUUUUCUGAGGUUCCAAAUAUGUACCAGUAACUCAUACAUCGGUCACCCAACUGGUUUACUUACAGUUCCAUUGGACAUUUAGAAUCCACCCAUAUAAUGACUCCACCCAAAUAAUACUUACUUACUUACUCCAGGAUUAGGGUUGUCACAAUACCAACAUUUGACCUUCGAUUUCGAUACCAAGUAAAGUAUCACGAUACUUGAUACCAAAUUGAUACGAUGUAAAAAAAACUAAAAACGAAUAUAAAUACAUUCCAUUAUUUGAAUGUGUCAGCGUAUGGAGUUAAUGUGUGAGGUGGUACAUGAUGGGGUUAAUGUGAAGCACAUCCUGGAAAACUAGAUUGAUAAAACCAUGUGCCUCACAUUAAUAGUAACCCAACUAAGUACUCAUCACGUAAUGGACAUAAUGGGCAACAUGGGGUUAAUUUGUGGAGGUAAAGGAUGGACUUACUUGCAAAGUGAGGCACAUUGUUUUAUCAAUUUGGACCUCAUGCCCCACACAUUAACCCUAUGUUGCCCAUUAUGUGAGGAGGUACUUGAUAGGGCCAAUUACUGUUAGGCACAUGGAGGUACUAAAGUAAUAAAACUCUGUGCCUUGUAUUACUAAUAAGUGACCUCCAUUAUUUAUCUCACAUGAUGGCAAGUUGGCUUCAUUGGGUUUAAUGAGUCCUUGGUCUCCUCUAUCACACUGGGGCCCCUGAGUUCUUCUAUUUAUUAUACUGGCGCAGUGCUUGGUAAGCUGCGAGAAGGCCGCGGAGCUCUCAAACAGCUGGUCAGCGGGGUCCUGUCUUGGUAUCCUGAGGAUAGGUCAUCAGUAUUUAAAUCUUGGGAAACCCUUUUAACUGCCCAGGUAUUUAAUAGUUGAAUAGUUGUGAACAUAUACAGUAUAUACAGUAUUACUACCUGCAGCACCAUCUGUCAUUGUGUAUAAACAUAUCUGUGUGUGUUUGUUUAUUUUACACUAAACUUUAUUAACAACAUGACAACACCACGUAGAGACAGGCAACCAUUUUACAACAUCACCUAGAGACAGGCAGCCAUGUAAGUGCAAGCAGUGAUGUAGUUACUGUAAUAACCACAAUAAAAAUAUUAAUUUCAGCACUAGUCCUACUUAAUUAUCACAUUGAUGUGUCCUGUGUGCAUGAUUCAGCACAUGUAGCACUGCUGCUUACUGAAUGUCAUAAAUGACAUGAUGUGUAGGGUGUUAUGCCAUAGAUACAUUACACAGGACUGAUACAUGGGUU